AUGACUGGCAACCCAAUCUAUCAUGAUCAAGAGGGUACACAGUACUCCCCUAUCGGUCACUACUUUCCUCCUGGUAGUGGGACACCACAUCCUGCAAGAUUUCGGUCCCGUUAUUGGCUUCAAAAUCCCAAUCCUUGGAAUGAGAGAACGAUCGAUGCAGCCCGUCAGAGCCCUCGUCGUAGACUCAUAGAAUUGGCAAAACACUCCAAGCUACGCUUGCCCCAUGUUUAUGUUCAGAAAGCAAAUAGAUUCAAAGCCUUUGGAGGUCAUAACACGUCAGCUUCAGAAUACAGGUUGGACGAGGGAUCUUAUUAUAGACUUAUGGAUAGAUUAGGGCUACAUGCUAGCAAUUAUAAUUCCGAUAUGUCCCCAAGGACAUUACAUAGACCCCAUACAACAGUAUCGAUUUCAACUUCGCUGUCAUCUCGAGCGUCAGCUUCGUCAACACAGCAAAAUCAGUCUGCUUUUAAUUACUCUCUUGGACGUUUGCGAAAUGGCCCAUCGCAACGCGAGCGAUACCAAAAUACUAGAAAUGAAAAUUAUGAAUCACCGAGCAACAACUUGCCCAACUGGCUGGCAACACUUCGCAAUUGGAUUCGUCUAUACAGUGAACAAUGUAGAAACAUCAAGAUGUGGAAAGGCUGCAAAAUUCAGGAGAUUUCGAAUCCUGUCGCAGAAGACUUGCCAUCUCCUGAAGCCGAUUUGAACGAUCCUCCUCUUCCCUAUACCAUCGCACUUCAGUGUACCGUAUGA